AUGACAGCUGCUGCUACUGCUUACAAAAGCCUUUACGAUCAACUCCUCAUAAACACCAAAGCUGCUGUCAAGAAGCAAAAUGCACAGACUUUGAAAAAAACAUUAGCAUUGUUGAAUUACCAAAGACUAAAUGCCAUCAAGAGUAAAGAAGCUGAUAAAUUGAUCCAAAUAAACAAGGACAUCAAAAAGGCAAAUAAAGAAACUGAGGAUCCACAAGUAGAAGUUGACUCCAUACUACUUGAAGGGUUGAAAGUCACAAAAGAAACACCAAAAAACAUUAAACAUAUUCAAGAUAUUGCAAAUUUUCUAUCAUAUCAACGCACUUACCAAGAAUUGAUUGAAAGAUAUAAUCCUGGUUUGACAAUGACUCAAGAGGAUAAAGUUAGAAGAACAGCCAAUAGAGUCGGUUUAGAUCUACCAGAGGAUCUUAAAUAG